AUGGCGUCUAGCAAGCUCAAAAAAUCGAGCAACACAAUCUCAGAAGAAAAUCAAAAACGAUUGUUGAGUCGAUACGAUAACAAUGACGUACUCAAACACGCACAAUUAGCGAUGGAUAGUUUUGGAGACAAGAAAAAGAAGUUACGGCAGCGAAUGUACGUGCAACCUAUCGGUCAAAUAUCUAAUUUUGAGGAACUUAAGCAUUUCAAAUCAUAUAACAAUGAAAUUGUUGAACAAUACCUUGAACAGGCGCUACUCUAUGAGAAUGAGGCGUCAUUGCGUGAGAAACGUGACGAGUAUGCUAUUAUUGAAGAUGACUUUGGACCACUAUUAGAAAAAAAGUUAAAGGAUGGUGCACCUCUAUCGUUUGAAAAUCUUCGGAAAGCCUGUCAAAAAUUGGAUGAAAAUAGCGAUGUGCAUUAUCAAAAGAGUAACCAAACAUACGGGUAUUUCGUAGAACGAGGAAUUUCAGAAGAGAAUGCAAGAUCCUACGCUAUGGCCAUCGCAUUUUAUUCGGGUGGAUACAGUGCGCUGGUGAGCACAUCAGCAAACUACGUUGUUCGAAUGGAAAGAAAGGUAGCUGAAAUGUAUACAGAUGAUGAAAAGCUCAAUAGUCAUGCGGUGAUGCUUAUGCAUUACCUAAUUAAAGGACUCUCUCAUAUUGACUUCUACUGGGGUGUUGUGACGCGAUACGUCGACCUGGACGAAGAUGACCAGAAAGAUUAUAAACCUGGCGAAAUCCUGACUUGGCUCCAGUUCAGUAGCGCAGACAAAGGUGGGCAGGAUAUGAUCCAUUUUAAGGAACGAAAUACAAUUUUCAAAAUAGCCUCGCUCACUGGUCGAGCUAUACAAUACUUUUCCAAUUGUGGUGACCAAGAAGAUGAGGUUCUUUUUCUUCCACAUUCAUGUUUUCUUGUAUGCCAAGUAAUAGAGAGCAAACCUCAAAGGCAAAUAUUUCUGCGACAGAUUGAGUUGGGUUUAAGUAAAUACGUUAUCUUGUGGGUUGACGACAAUAUUUUUGAUGAAGAUUGGGGAAAUAAACGACUCAUGGAAAGGGCAACCACUCAAGGAGCUCGUGUUAAUGUUCAUUUCAUUCCAAAAUCAAACACAGAUUCAGCACUAUCGUUUCUUCGUUCCGAGUUUGGACAGCGUAUGAAGGAAAAGGAGUCAUUUCGUAUUGUGACUGAUAUGAAGCGGACAAAUGAGAACGAUCCUAGUACGGCGGGUGCCCGACUACUAUUGGAAGUGCGCAAACUGGGUUUUCGUCAGUCCUGCUUAAUAUUUACGGGUCAUGAAGGGUCAGCAUACGACAAGCUGAAUAAGAUGUUCGGCACUGAUCGACCUCAAGGCAUUAAGGUAACUCAAUAUGAAUCCGAACUGGAAAAGUUUGUCCUUUUCAAACGCUCUUGA